AGUAUUAAUAAAAUACCACACUAGUCUUCUGGAGUUAAUUAACCAACUCUCUUCAAAGAUAUUCUUUCUGCAGAAUUGAUGGGUGAUCCACAAAUAGUUGUUCAGCGUUUAACACCAAAUGCGACUUCAACUCAUGAACAGAGGCAACCUUCACGUCAUCUCCUUUCUAAAGAAAAUUCAAACCUUUAUCUCAACAAUUGUGUGCCUCUUUAUAAGGCUGCAUUAAAAGGGGACUGGAAAAGUGCCAAAAAAUUGUUAGAAAAAGAUCCAACGAUGUUGUGUGCCAGUAUCACAAAGGGGCACGAAACUGUUAUUCAUAUUGCGGCAGGAGCCAGACAAACUGGCUUUGUAGAGGAGCUGAUGAAGUUGAUGCAACCGAAAGACCUGACUCUGCCGGACCAAAAAGGAAACACAGCCUUCUGUUGCGCUGCUGCAGCAGGAGCUACUGAAAUUGCUAAAGUUAUGUUGAAGAAGAAUCCCAGUCUUUUGACAAUCCGAGGUGGUGAAAAGAUGAUGCCUAUAUUUUUGGCUGCUUUGUUAGCACAAGGGGAGAUGACAUCUUUUUUAUACAAUGAAUUAUCUCAAGCAAAACAUGUUUUCCAGUGGGAGGACGAAAUUGCCCUAUUUUUCACUUGUCUCACCAAUGGUUUAUACGAUCUCGCAUUUAAAAUGCUAAAGGAUGAUCCAGAAUUAGCUGUGGCUCGUGACGAAAAUUCUGAGACUGCCUUACAUGUUUUGGCCCGAAAACCUUCAAUAUGUUCCAGCAAAAAUCAAGUCUCAGGAUUAAUGAAGUUGAAUCACAAGAAGGAUUUCGAAUCAACUCAAGCUCUUCAAUUAGUCAGAUGCCUUUGGGAUGAAAUGUUAAAACAAGAUGACUCAGAGCUAGUGAAACUAACACAAACACCUUCACAAAUCAUUUUUGAGGCAGCAAAAUUCGGAAAUUCCCAAUUUUUGUUUGAGCUCAUUUGUCGUUAUCCUGAUUUGAUAUAUCAAUUUGAUGAAAAUGGUUAUAGUAUAUUUCACAUUGCAGUUUUACACCGUCAUGCCAAUGUAUUCAAUCUGAUAUAUGAGAUAGGUUUAACUAAGGAGUUGUUCAUGACUUGUGAAGAUAAGGAUCAGCAGAACAAUAUGUUGCAUUUGGCUGCAAAAUUACCACAUCUAAGUCGAAUUGGUAUCGUACCAGGUGCAGCUCUACAAAUGCAGCGAGAAUUAUUAUGGUUUAAGGAGAUCGAAAAAAUAGUGCUACCUUCCUUCCGAGAAAAGAAAAACUUAAAAGGCCAAACACCUCAAGAGUUGUUCACUCAAGAGCAUUGA